UUUACUGGAGGAACACAUGGACACUUACACAAGACAAAAACUGGUUGGUUCUUCUGAAUGUGAAGCAACGUUUUCUCAGAAGAAAAACAUGACACAGGAAACCAACUCACCCAGAGACAUGAUGAAGAAUACUGACUUGAGUCUAAGUGAUGGGGGAUGUAAAAAGAAACUAUACCACUGCUCUGUGUGCGCAAAAACAUUCUGCUGGAAGUCACAUUUAGAAAUCCAUAUGACAUCCCACACGGGAGAAAAGCGAUUCAAAUGUUCACUGUGUCACAAAUGUUUUAGACAAAAGAGUAACCUCAAGAGACACAUGAGAGUCCACACAGGAGAAAAACCAUUCAAUUGUUCAGUUUGUCAAAAAAGAUUUACCUGUAAUUCAAGUUUAACUGGUCACAUGAUCAUCCACACUGGUGAGAAACCAUUUAGCUGUUCAGAAUGUGGUAAAAGAUUUACUUGGAAGAUAGUUUUGGAGCGUCACAUGAGGCUCCACACUGGUGAGAAACCAUUUAGUUGUUCAGAAUGUGGUAAGAGAUUUAGUCAGAAGACGGGUUUGGAGCGUCACAUGACGCUCCACACAGGAGAGAGACCUUUCAGCUGUGUAGUUUGUCAGACGAGCUUCACACGUAAACAACAUGUUCAGAACCAUAUGAAGAUCCACACAAACGAAGACAGAAUUUGAUAUUCAAAAAAUUAGACCUACAGAGACAAAAGAACAUAAAGAAUAAUGAUAGAGAAGCAUUCUAGAGUGUAAUCUGCAUGACUGUUUUUCUUUUUUUUUCUCUUUAAAUUCAUUUUUCUUCAUUAUUUUCUCUAUAGUGCCACUUUUAUAUUAAAUGAAGUAAAACACAUCCUACAUCUUCUCCUUGU